GUAAUGGUGGUCUACCUGAUUCCAUACCCCUUCUGUUCACUUCUAGAUGUAUAACUUCACUAAUUUUGCCAUGACGCUGAAUGAGCUGGAGCCUGGCACGGAAGGAGUGCUGGCACCAACAGACUGCCGCCUGCGGCCUGACAUCAGAGCCAUGGAGAACGGCAACAUGGAUGAAGCCAGCAGAGAAAAGGAGAGACUGGAAGAGAAGCAGAGAGCAGCUCGUAAAGAACUGGCCAAAGAUGGUGAAGAGUGGUCGACUAGGUGGUUUCAGUUAGGCACAAAUCCAUAUACAGGAGCACAGGACUGGCUGUACACUGGCGGCUACUUUGAUAGGAAAUACACAGACUGUUCUGAUAUCUACUGAUGAGGAGGUGCAAGUUCAAAGAGGUUUUGUCACCACCCCCCCCCCCCCUCUCUCUCUCUCCGUCUACAACAACCCUCUACACGAUGCACCAUCAACAGCGAUAGCGCUUAUGCUCACAUUAAACUGAGCUGCCUCCAUCUUCAGCGAUUGUGUUUUUGUUCUUUGGAAGCGUCUUCUCUCACUUCCCAUCAACCCUGUAGGUUUUAUCAAUGGAAAGCAUCGAAACAGCAGUAGGAGAACCAAUUUGCCUUUUUCUGCCUUUGAACGUACAAACCCCUCAUCAGAGAUCCACUUUGUUUGCCGUUAGCAAUGCUGGAGCUCAAUAUAGAUGUAGUUAUAUCACCAAUAAAAUGUGACUCUGAAGUGCUUUGGCCGUUUUCCAUGUACAGUAGGUGUUUAACAUAUGAAAACUAAUUCCAGAUGUUUUGAGUUUGGCAAGCACUGAGCCACCUCUGAUCCAGCUGUAUGUAGAGCAUUAAAUGAACUAACAGCAGUAAUAAUGUUUAGAGAAUGAUGAUGAAUGUUAAUAAUGAACUUUGGGUUUGUGAAGGUGUGUGUGUGU